AUGCAGGCCGCAGAGCCAACACUCGCCAAAGCCCCCGAACUGCAGAGCCAACCCUCGCCAAAGCCCCCAAUCUGCAGAGCCAACCCUUGUCAAAGCCCCCUGAUCCGCAGAGCCAACCCUCGCCAAAGCCCCCCGAUCCGCAGAGCCAACCCUCGUCAAAUUACCCGAUCCACAGAGCCAACCCUCGCCAAAGCCCACCUAUCUGCAGAGCCAACCCUCGUCAAAGCCCUCCGAUCUGCAGAGCCAACCCUCGUCAAAGCCCUCCGAUCUGCAGAGCCAACCCUCGUCAAAUCACCCGAUCUGCAGAGCCAACCCUCGCCAAAGCCCCCCCGAUCCGCAGUCAAUCCUCAUCAAAGCCCUCUGAUCCGCAGAGCCAAUCCUCGUCAAAGCACCCAAUCCGCAGAGCCAACCCUCGCCAAAGCCCCCCCAUCUGCAGAGCCAACCCUCACCAAAGCCCCCUGGUCCGCAGAGCCAACCCUUGUCAAAGCCCCCCAAUCUGCAGAGCCAACCCACGUCAAAGCCCCCCGAUCCACAGAGCCAACCCUCAUCAAAGCCCCCCAAACUGCAGAGCCAACCCUCGCUAAAGCACCCAAUCUUCAGAGCCAACCCUCGUCAAAGCACCCUGAUCUGCAGAGCCAACCCUCAUCAAAGCCCCCCGAUUUGUAUUUAUCACCUCAAUCAAACUGCUCAAAACCAGCAAAAAGAAGGAAUAACUGA